UGAGAAAGUAAAUACAUUGCGUUCAGGCAAUUUCUGGCAGCCCUCCUUUGCGUCAUCUGUUAAAGGACCCGGGAUGUCAAUGCUUGCAGAGCCCCGCAGGAAACAGAAGUGGUCUGUCGACCCCAGGAACAGCGCCUGGAGCAAUGAUGACAGUAAAUUUGGCCAGAAAAUGCUGGAGCGGAUGGGCUGGUCCAAGGGAAAAGGGCUGGGCAGGAGUGAACAAGGAUCCACAGACCACAUCAAAGUGAAAUUGAAGAACAAUAACCAUGGGCUCGGAGUAAAUGCCAGUCAUGAGGAUAACUGGAUUGCCCACCAGGAUGAUUUUAAUGAGCUUCUGGCUCAUCUGAACGACCACCAUGGUCAAAACACAAGCAACGAAGUUCCUCCAGAUGAGAUGAAAGGUUUCAGCCUGGAAGAGAAAUCAAAGACUUCCAAAAAGAGGGUUCAUUACACAAAAUUCACAAAAGGCAAGGACCUGUCCUCCCGGAGUGAAACAGACCUCAACUGCAUCUUUGGGAAGAGGACCAAGUCGUCUAAAAACCAAGAGCAGGAGAGCAGCAGGAGUGAAUCUCCAGUUGAAUCGGCGGAAAGUGGGACUCGUGCUUCUGCUGAAUCGAAGACUGAGACAAUAACCAAGACGGUCACAAGUUCCCUAAGCAUGCAGGAGUAUUUUGCGCAGCGCAUGGCGCAGCUGAAGAGGUCCCGGAGCGCUGGGGGUUCAGCAGCUUCUGUCAAAGCGGAGGCUACUGAAACAUCGAGCCCAGCCGAGGAGGUCGGUCCAGUCCACAGCAGCAGCAAUGAUACUGAAGAGCCCAGAAAAAAGAAGAAAAAGAAGAACAAAAAAGUUGUAGAGGAUUUGGAGGUUGUAGAAGAGAAGUGCUUUGGCCCCAUUGUAUUGGAAGAAAAAGAAAACCAGGAGAAAGUGUGUUCAAGGAAGAAAAAGAAGAGGAAAACCCCAGAAGUCACUGAUGAGAAUGAGAACUCUAGCUCCUCCAGUGUUCUGGAGAUGAACUGCGAAGAACCUCGUCCCGCCAAGAAGAAGAAGCUUAAACGCACAGAAAAGGAGCAAAUAAUUGAGCUUGAACAAACUGAAGAGUACAUAGUCAUCCAGGAUGAGGAGGAGAACAGUGAAGUGAAGGAGUGUGAGGAGGAACUGGUUGCUAAAAAAUCCAAGAAGAAGAAGAAGAAGAAGAAAAGACAAAACCAAGAGUAGGGUGUUCAGGCUUUGGUUAAAUUUCUCCAACUUCCCAAAAACUUUCUACUUGUGCUGUUAACCUGGAGCCUCACAUUUAUACAUACAUUUGUGAUCAAAUGAAAUCUCUAAUACAUAAACAUGUUUUACUGAAUGAAAGUGUAAAUGAAAUUAACUCAAACCGCAUCUUGCAUAAUGAUUCAGGAGGUGUACGGUCAUUAAGAAAAAUACAAUUUUUUUUUUACAUUUUUGUCUCCCCUUUAUAUGUACUUGCAUUACUGUUUAUUUAAGCAAAACUUCACAUUCUCUGUAUCUCCCAAUUUGUCUGUUUUUAUUUCAAAAGCUGAAAGGACAAAGAUGACCUGUGCGAUACAUGACAUCUGAUGCGUUGACGUGAUGGGCCUUUUUAAAAGUUAAACUGAAAUGUCUCUAUGAAUUGUUUCCAAAUAAAUGCGGUCACAUACACA